AUGGCGGAAAUUUCUCUUUUUCCUCCUGAAUUUUUAGUUUUUGUAGACGAGACAGGAUUUGUGAGUAAUUGCUUUAUACUAUUUAUUACUUUACACUAAUUCUUCAAGCGUUUGGAAGAAUUGUGUGAAAACUAAUUACGCAUAUUACCAUAUAAUAUAUACAAAGACAUGCAUGCAAUAUUGAAUGCCAAUUUUUAAUGCGUUCGGGAAUAAAACAAAUGAAUUUUUAUGACAUAUAGUGGCAUUGUUGUUGACGUCUCACAUGAUAACUUCAUGUAGGAUUUUUUAAACAUCAUAUUUCCAGAGAAUUAAUUUAAACAUGCAAUCAACUGCAUCCUGCAGGUAACACAUUUGUUGUUGGGGCAAAAUGACGUAUAUUAUGGAGGGCACAUUCAUAGUGAGCUAAACUCUGUAUAUUUUCGUUCAACUUUAGGACAGACGUAUCAAUCGUCAGUAUGGCUUCAGCUUAAAAGGUACACCUGCUAUCCGCCACGCCAAAUUUAAUCCUUGGGGUCCACGCCACGCUGUCGUUGCUGCAAUAGCUCUUGAGGGUCUACUUUGCGUCGACAUAAAAGAAGAGCGCGUAGCCGUGAACGCUGAUGUAUUCGUUGACUUUUUGGAAACUCAUUUAGUUCCAGCUCUACGGCCUUUUAAUGGAAUUAACUCCCGGUCAGUUGUUGUUAUGGGUAAGCAUUAAGCAAUUAAACUUACUUGCAUUAAUUUUAAUCUUAUUGUACCAUAAUAGUUUUCAUAUAGCCUACAAAAAAAUUUCCCAGUCAGUGUCAUUUUGCGUAUUCUAUAUUAUUAUGCAUCUUUCUAAGCCCGUGCAACACCAUUUUAUCUAUUUUAGAUAACGCAGCCAUCCAUCAUGUACCAGAGGUCGUAGAAGUUAUCAACAGGGCAGGCGCGAUAGUUCGUUUUCUGCCACCCUACAGUCCAGACCUCAAUCCCAUUGAGCAGGCAUUUGCAACAGCAAAACAUUUUAUUCGGGAAAAUGAUGUUGUUUACCUAGCGACCACACAGCAAAAGCCACUUAUCAUGGAAUCCUUCGCUCAAAUAACCGGUGAUUUGUGUGAAAGUUAUUUCCGCCACUCCCGAUAUCUAUAA